UUACCUGUCGAAGAUUUCAUUUUUUUUAAAGAAUAGGAAUUUGAAAUGAAACCAGAUGCUGCGACGACGGCGUAAAGGAUCAGUUUCUAUUCGGAAAAGAAAAACAAUUAAUUGGCCGGAAUCAAUUGUAUGGGUUCGCCAUUGUUGGCUCUGGUCAUCUCCCUUUUCGUUGGUGGUGGUUUUUUCGCCGUCGUCGUUGAGUCUCAACAAAAUGUGAGUCCUCCGCCGCCGCCAGAGUUUUCACCUCCUCCACCGCCGGAGUUUUCACCACCUCCACCUAUUACUCCACCACCUCCGUCUUCUGCCCUGCCACCACCGCCAUUUUCACCGCCACCUUCUUCUCCACCACCACCGCCUUCUUCUCCACCACCACCGCCACCUCCAUUCUCUCAUCCUCCACCGCCUCCGCCACCUCAGCUCUCCCCUUUCCACCAUCCACCACCACCUCCGAGGAAAAACCUCCGCCCGGAGCAUCCAGAGAAUAAUAGCAACGAUAAUUCUCGUAAAAACCCGGGCCCACCACCGCCCCUCAAACAGAACCUUAACGCGGGGAAGAAAAUCGGGCUGAUGUUCAUCGUACUUGCUGCGAUAUUGCAAGUCUGCGUUGUCGCAUUCUUGGUCGUGCGGAGAAGGCAAAUCUUGAGAGCUGAGAAUGGCUAUUAGAAAAAAAACAGAGCAACAUUUUUCGUUAUUCGAUUUUUAUAUACUUAUUAUUUUAUU